AUGAAGAUCCCACUACGACCCCCCGGUAGGGACGCCGCCGUCGCCGCGAGGGACGCCGCCGCCGCCGCAAGGGACGCUGCCGUCGCCGCGAGGGACGCCGCCGCCGCUGCAAGGGAUGCUGCCGUCGCCGCGAGGGACGCUGCCGUAGCCGCGAGGGACGCAGCCGCCGCCGCAGGAGACACCCGGCCCAAUCGAGAUACCUGCCUGGGCGGGUCCCUCGUCUACCCGAGGCUUGGACAAAGGGUGGAGGAGUGUGGCAUCCCGCCACGUAAACCUCAGCACGGACCAGCCCGAGGGCCCAGGACGGUGCGUGGCGUCCUGGGGCAGCAGGUGCUUCUGACCGGCGUGGUUGCCGGGGAGCCGCCCCCCCUCCCCCGCUGGUCGGGGCCAGGACACAACGGGCCCCUGGAGGCGGGGCCUGAGUACACGCUGCUGCACAAGGAGGGACUGAUUUCCCUGCUCAUCAGGCGCAGCGCAGAGCCGCAGGAGCACGUCGAUGAGCAGCAGCGUCUAGUCGAGGCGCGACAGGUGGACUUCCGCAAGCUCCCCGCCCCCCACGGGCCCCCCGGACAAAAGACCCCCGCCCCCAACGAGCCCCCCAGCCUCAAGACCCCCGCCCCCCUCCCCCCACCACCCAUGGCCUUCAGAGCCAACCUGAAGGGGUCAGGGGUCAAGCCCCGGCCAGAGGAGGAGAAGAAAGGCCCCCAGCAGGUGGACUUCAGGUCCAUCCUGGGUAAGAAGACUACCCCCAAGAAGGAGGUGGAGAACACCCCCAAGAAGGAGGUGGAGAACACCCCCAAGAACGGAGAGAAGGAGGCCAAGAACUGUGUGGACGCAGGAAGAGGAGGAGGAGGAGGAGCAGGAGCACCUGACUUCAAACAGAAGCUGAGUAAUAUCAACGUGUUGGACGGUCAGAAGCUCAGGCUGCAGUGUUGCCUGCUGACCGCUGACCUCCGUGAUGUCAAGGUCACCUGGACACUGGACGGGAAGGUCAUCAAACCAUCCAAGUUCAUCGUCCUGGCUAGCGAAGGAGGGCUGUGCUCCCUGACCAUAGAAAAGGCCCUCCCAGAGGAUGAGGGACAGUAUAAAUGCCGCGUGGAGACCAGCUUAGGGAAGACCGAGACCUCCUGCAUGGUCCUAGUGGAUGACCCAGAGGACAGUACUCUAGCUGACAGGAAGAAGAACUCAGGCCCAGCGUCUGAGAGUGAAGCCCGGAUUAAGAAACCAACAACGAAGACCCCUCCUAAACAAGCCCUUCCUCCUCAGAUCCUCCAGUUCCCAGAGGACAUGAAGAUCCUAGCCGGGGAGAAGGUGGAGAUCAGCUGCCGCUUCUCCGGAGCUCCGCCCUUCAGCUGCACCUGGCUCAAGUUCAGGAAGCCGAUCCAGCAGGGUGCCGGGGGGGUGAGCAUAGAGAGCAGCGACAGCAGCAGUCAGCUGAUCAUCGCCUCGGGCCAACAGGAGCACUGCGGCUGCUACACCAUCGAGCUGAAGAACAGCUACGGCCUGCGCCAGGCUGCCCUCAACCUCACCAUCGUGGAUAAACCGGACCCCCCUGCCAAGGUGCCGGCGGUCUCAGAUGUGCGGCGCUCCACCCUGACCCUGUCGUGGUACGGCCCCACCUACGACGGAGGCAGCGCAGUCCAGAGCUACAACCUGGAGGUGUGGGAUAGCCUUGGGUCCCAGUGGAGGGCCCUGGGCUCCUGCAACAGCACCUCCUACAACGUCCAGAACCUCCUUCCAGAGCGUCAGUAUAAGUUCCGUGUGCGUGCAGUCAACAUCUAUGGAGUUGGAGAACCCAGCGUGGAGUCCAUCCCCGUCACCGUGGGCCUGGUCGCAGACGACGGUGAGAGCUGCUUUACAAGAUUCAACUAGAUGAACCAGGACUAACCAGCUAACCUAGAGUCUAACCUAGAGUAAACUAGAUGAACCAGGACUAACCAGCUAACCUAGAGUCAACUAGAUAAACCAGGACUAACCAGCUAACCUUUCUAACCUAGAGUCAACAAGAUUAACCAGGACUAACUAGACCAGCAUAACCUAGAGUCAACUAGAUUAACCAGGACUAACUAUACCAGCCUAACGUAGACUAACUAUACAUGCCCAACCUAGGCUAAACUAGACUUAUUUCUUAUUUACUAGACUAGGAAUAACCUAGACUAACUAAACCAGUUCAAACUAGACUAUAAUAUUAACCUUUAAAAAUUAAAUUAACCUAGACUAAAUAUACCAGCUAACCUAGACUUAUUAUAACAGGACUAACUUAACUAGCCUAACAUAAUUCCUGCUUGAAUAAACAAGAUUAACCUAGACUCUAUCAAGCUUAACUAGACUAAACUAGACCCCCCUUGACUCUACCUGACCAACCAAUACUAGCCUAUACUCAUAUUAACCAUCAGUCUACCAAGCUAAACCUUACAAAAACUGGCGUCUAUCUAUCUUAACCUAGAGUAGACUUUACCAACCAUGAUUCUAAACUAGACUAACCAGGAGUUUACACUACCUGACAAACUUAGACUAGCCUAGACUCAACACAGCUAAACAAGACUAACUUCGACUCUGGCAAGCUAAACUAAACUAAUCUGGACUUUUCCUAUCUUAACAUAGAAUGACUCGAAGAGGCGUAUCUAGACUAACUCUGAGCAGAUCAGCUAAACUAACCUAACCUGGAGUUGAUUUCACAAGCACACAAUGUGGUGAAUUUUUAUUACAACGUGGUUUGGGGAAAAGCUCCACUGGACGCUGGUGCAAUCGAUUGUCUCACCUGCAGUGAGAACGCAAUCCGCACCGCAGGAAGUAAACCAGGGGUCUCAUUUAUAACCGUUGCGUACGCACAAAAUGGGGCUGAAAUUGGCGUACGUGACUUUCCACGCCAAGGUUGUGAUCUAUAAAAAAACAAACUUGACGGGAGAAUGUGCGCAGCCCUAAGCAAACUCUGACCCAUGCGUACGCAUGGUUUGGAGGAAAAGGAGAAAUGGCAACACAGAUGGUGUGGUGGUGAACUGAAGUCAGACAGAAGAAUUGUAGAGUGAGAAGAACGAUUAUGUUUUAUCAUCGCCCUUCAUAAAUUAAAUUUCAACCCGUAUCAUAUGUAAUUAGAAUAAUUCUAGUCAACUGCGUUAUUUCUCAUUAUAACUCCAGAAACAUCUACUUAGAAUAGAAAAAAAUAAAAUCUUUUAAUCCUGUCACUCCAUACUGUCCACUGACGGCGCGACUGCAUGGAAUAAAGCAUCUGUCCAACAUGUGUCAAUAACAUAAUAUUUUUAUGUGAAACUGUAAACACAUGAUCAAAUGUCAAUUAAAUCCCAAGUGUGGAAAACCAAGCCACGCUCCUCAUCACAAUCGUUGUCCGUUACUCUUGAUGCUUUUCAUGACAAAUCAGGCAUUAAAAAGGGGUUAUGUUCAAGAACAUUUUACGUGGGUGAUUACAAACUGAUUAUCCAAGGUGUUCUCGGUCAGUCUUAUUACCGUAACCCUAUAAAUACAGAGGUGAGUGCCGUGGUAAUGCUGCACCAUAUGGCACUUCUGGCGGACCAUGCAAACGGCAGGAUUCGGAGGGAGAGGGUCUUUAGCAGGGGUGCCCAACCUUUUUUGACCCAAGAUCUACUUUUCAAGUAGCCAACCUCCCGAGAUCUACCAGCAAACUUACCUUCAAGCAGGGGGGGGGCUUCAGUGGGGGUUUCAUUCCGUCUGCGCACGGCACCUUCUCAACGAUAAUCAAUAAUUCCUCCCACUCAGGGUGAAAAUGGUAGGUCUUAGCUCGUUUCCCCUCAGCCAUGCCAACGUUUAGGAGUGUGUAACUACUGUUGACGGCUUUCAACUGCUGUUAACAGCGCAUGCGCUACCGCGCGUAUAUGUCCCGCGCAAAUUUUAUUUUAUUAAAAAAAAAAAGUAAUUUUUCUUCACCCCUCGCGAUCGACUUGGGAUCUGUCGGCGAUCUACUGGUAGACCGCGAUCGACUGGUUGGGCACCCCUGGUCUUUAGGGACCAUAACGAUUUAUUUGUAGGCUACAUAAAAAUAUGUUCCUUUAUGUCAGACCACAUCUUUUUUAAUUCUGGGACUGUGCGCUCCGUGCUACUGACAGAGUUCACUGCUGUAGCAACAUGUUGCCACUCACUCUGCUUCUUCUCACAAAAAACAUCAGGACAAGACAAGAAAAGUCACAACAAGACAAUGACAGUGUAUGACAAUACCAUUUUUUAAAAUAAGAAUAAAAGACAGUACCUGGCCCCCUGCUCUAUCUAUUCAGGUACCCUCUCCAGUAACCAGGCCUUGAUUCUCCUUUUAAAAGAGUUCAGACUGGAUAUAACUUUAAUUCCCCUGUCUCACGGAAUCCCUUAAAUUGUCAGUGAUAUGCCAACGGAAUUUGCUCCAAUGCAAGUUAAUUACACUCAUAUUCCGUGGCACACACACAGAUCCCUGUAUCAACCACAGAGUCGACAAUGGGCGCUUAACUCCAAAUCUGUGGUGCACGGAAUCACUUAAAUUUUCUGUGAUAUGCCAACGGAAUUUGCUCCUAUGCAAGUGAAUGACACUCAUA